GCCAUCGGGUGAGAAAUGGCUCCAGUAUGUGUCAAGUAUUUUUCUAUCAGUAAAUUUGGCGUUAAAUGAUAGCUGCGAUCAUCGAAAACAUUCGCAAGUGAUUUCGGAAGACUUCGUGCAUGAGUGAAAAGUGUUAAUUAACUCGAUAGUGAGUCGGAAAGUGCGGAAAAACGCAACUUAGUGAACUCUAAAUUGUUCGUUUUUUCUUCGAUAUUGCUGUGUGUAGCCCGCAAGACACGACGGUAGUACCAUUGGCUAAAGCGAGAUAGACGUUAGCGUAUAGAAAGAGAAAAUCGUUUGUUUCUGUCUCGCAGUCGCAUCAGUUGCAGGUUUCGGAAUAGUCACAGCAGGAGAAACAUCGAGUAAUACGGUCUGGCAGCGCUGUCGGCGUGAUCACACCAAUUCAGUGUCGUCGCUGUCUUGAGCGGUGUGCAGGCGAUUUUUUCGCAUUGCUCUUCUUUUCUCGUGUCCCCAAAAUAGAAAUUUUAAUAUGUGAUUUAUAUUAGUAUUUAAAAAGGAGAAAAGUGUAAAAUCGAGUGUGAAAGAUUGAUUUUAUGUACGUAGCAUUGAAGUUAAAUAAUUUGGCGUUGCAGUGUGCUGCGUUGCAAUGUUUUAAGAUAGUAAUCAACGAGCGUGUAAUGACGCAAGUGUUGUACUGGAAGAAAAAAUAACUGUUCACUACUAAGAACUACGUUGUUGGUGAUUUUAUUCCUGCCAGUUCCCACAGACCACCUUCAAAAAGUGUUCUGUCUUGCCAGGUGCGUGAUUGUAAACAGCCGAAGAUUGAAAAGUGGUUAUUUUUCUCCUAGUGCACACAGUGAAAGACGGUCACACCAUUGCAUAAUUGCAUGAGUACGACAAGCAAUAAAAGGUGGUGUUCCUGUCUCGUCGUCAUUACCGUGCGGAUGCAUUUGAACAUCGAUCUGCACAACAUAGUUGGCUGAUAGUGAAAUCGGCAAAUUUGAGGAAGCUGGUAGAACAACGUUGCACAAGAAAAAUAGGAAACGCAAGCUUAUCUUGAAAUCGACCGUGAAAACAGAGGGCGCGAGUGGAUUGGAAGAUAACGAAACAAUCUAAGGCACGUUUUAACACAUUUCACCUGCACAUAGCACACAUACCAGUGAACGGGAUCUGAGGAUAGUGAUUUUUUGUUUCUCAGAGAGAAAUGCAAUAGUGUACAUAAAUACGCUACAAACAAAAUAGAGCAAAUUACGGAAAAUGCAAAACUUUAUCUCUAGUAUCGAAAAUCAUACAAAGAAUUUAGACGUAUUAAUGACCCUUAACAUUAAGAAAUCCGAUAAAAAUAUCACAAACACUGUUACUACUACCGCUGCUAAAUCUUCUAUUACUACUUUUUCUAUUACUUCAACUACUCAAAACAACACGAACAAGUCUGAAUACGCUUUUAAGAAAUCACUUAAUAGUUUGCUAAGUUCAAUCGGAAAAAAGGCAAGUCAAAAGCUGGAGCUGUCGAAUGACGAAGAGGGCGAGUUGCAUCUACUAAUUCGAAAACCACUGUUACUACAAUCGAUCGAUGAGUCUGAGCAACAAUCAGGGAUUGUAUCCAAUAUUAUACUUACUGUUAAUAGCAAUUCAAUAAUUCGCCAAACAACUGCAGCAAAAAUUAACAUCGAUUGCAUUGCCCUUGUGGUCUUCGAAGAGGAACAGUUGCACUCGCAGUUUGAGCAACCAUCGAAGCUGACUCUCGCUGGACAAUACUAUGCACGAAGUAAGCGCCAGUUUAAAUUAAACAUAGGUGGCUACAUGUUUCAAACAAAUCAUAAAAACGGGAAUUUGACACAUUUCGAUCAUCUGUUCCAAAACAUGAUGAAUGAGAAUGACACUGUGAAUAUGAUAUGUGAUUUAAUUGAUUACCUGAUAACAGUAAAUACUAAUCAUAGUAUAAUAACAGAUGGAUGUAGUAGCUUGAUCUGUAAUGACCAAAACGUAGAUUUUAAGAACGACAACAAUGAUAAAGCCAUGGCAAAUAAUGCAAACGAUGCUAAUACUUCCGAACAAGCCAAACCAACCUCGAAACUAGUAUCAACGUACGUUAAGUUUGAUGAGCUGCUGCGUCUUUCUGAACGAGAAAAGACUGUGCGAAAGGCAGGCCUGAGGCCGCGCAUGAGACUGUGUGGAGGAGGGGAAGACUCAAUCAAUAGUGGAACUACUGCCUGGGGAACACCAGGUACUGCUGGCAAUCCGGGGAAUUCAUGGGGUUCUCUAAAUCCUCAACAACCAGGUUCGUGGAGUAACAAUCCACAGGCAGGAGCAGCGGGAGCUGUUGGAGGUGCUAGCGCAAAUAUGAAGCAACAGCAACCACAACAACCGAACAUUACUGGUCCGCCAGGGCAUUCUGGUGGCGAAAAUAUAGACCCGAAUGCGUGGGUCGCAGGGAACUCAGUAAACACUAAUUCGAAUGCUUCUAAUGCACAAAAUCAACCAAGUGGUGCUAGUAAUGUAGCCAAUACAAUUAACAGUGCCAAUCCCGUACAACAACCGCAACAAUCUGAAAUACCAGCAGCACAACCGAAUCCCAAGUUGGAACGUUUGAAUACUAUGAUCGAAGCUCUUCAUGCAAUUGAUGGGUGGGGUUCAGAGAAUGUAAAUCAGGACACUCGAUGGGAUGUACCUGCUUCCCCAGAACCAGGCUCGAAACCAGAUCCAAACAGUGCAAUCACUGGUCCCACCGCUGGUAUCCCAAUGUGGAAAACCAACACCGGUACUGAGAUUUGGGAAGCGAAUCUUCGUAAUGGUGGACAAAUGCCUCAACAACAACCAGUUCAAAAAACACCAUGGGGUCCAUCAACCAACAUUGGAGGAACAUGGGGUGAGGAUGACGAUGCCAAUGAGCCGAACAGUGUUUGGACCGGAGUUACAGGCAGCAACCAGACUGCAGUUCCACCGCAAGGUGGACCAUCGCAACAACCGCCCUGGAAUGCUGCAGCAAACGCUGGCAUGUGGGGUCCUGGGGGUGUUGCUCCUGGAGCCAUUAAAAAGGAAUCCGACUGGACUGGUUCGUCGGGUCCUGCAGCUGGAUGGGAUCAACGCAAUGUACCUCCAGCAGUGACGCCUAACGUUGCUGGAAUGGAACCAACAAACAUUGAUAUGCGUAAUAUGCGUAUCUCAGGAGGAAUAGAUGGAAACAGGGAAAUUCGUGGUGAUCCUAGAGGUAUCUCUGGUCGAUUGAAUGGCAAUGUUAAUCUUUGGGAACAACAUCAGUUGCCAGGAAUACCACCGAAUAAAAUGACGCCUGUAUCAACUACUGGAACACCGGCAGGAAAUGCUCAAUGGCCUAACAAUCAACUUCCCGGUCACAAUAAGAUGCCUUCUGGUUGGGAUGAUACAUCAACCCCUGGUGUAAGACGUACUGUUGAUGAUGGUACUGCAGUAUGGGGUCAAAAUGUACUUAGUCGUCAAAACUCAAAUGUCGCCAACUGGAAAGAAGGACAGGAAGGACUGCAACGAAAUUCCGUUCAAAGAAAUUCUAUUGUUGGUGGAAAUUUACCAGGUGUCACGAGUGGUCGACUUGGAAAUUCUGGUCCCGUCAAGCCGGAUAUGUGGGGUCAAAACAAUGUGAACCCGCGUGGUACUGCUGGAUGGGAAGAGAAUAGUGGCAAUAAUUGGGAGGAGAAAACUCCAGGCUCAUUAUGGACCGAAAAUGUGUCAGCAGGAAAUUGGAAUAAGAAUAAACAGUUGGGUUCCAACUGGAAUGAUGCAGGUGGUGAUAUGGGUCCAGAUUGGGGAAUGCAUGGUGGUGGUUUGAACAAGCCACCAAACAAAAUUAAUCCACUUGAAUUCAUCAGAAGUAGUAAGCACUAUCGCAUGUUAUGCGAAAUGGGUUUCAAAAAGGAAGAUGUGGAGACAGUUCUUCGUAUAUCCAAUAUGAAUCUCGAAGAAUCAAUCGAAAUGCUGCAGAGAAACGGAUCUUCCGAUUGGCGGCGCGGGGACGACCAUGGUCCAGCAUUUGGCAAUCAAUUUAAUGAUCGAUUUUCAACGGCUAGCAACACAUCACUUCCCUUUCCACAGAAUAACCAAAACCUACUCAAUGCGUUCGGGGGUAACCCGAAUCUUACUUCGUUGCAUAACAUGAAGUACGGUGCAGGGCAUGGUGGUCCUAACGGAGCAACACCCGCCCAAUUUGGCCAACCUUCGGUGCUCAAUCAAAAUGCACAAUCGCAACCUUCCACCCAGCAACUGCGCAUGCUAGUUCAACAAAUACAAAUGGCCGUACAACAUGGUUAUUUGAAUCAGCAAAUUCUUAACCAACCUCUGGCACCGCAAACAUUGUUACUGUUAAAUCAAUUGUUGAAUCAUAUCAAGCAAUUACAAGUUAUGCAAAGCAAUUUAAAUCGCAGUGGCGGUGGCGGCGUUAGUGCUGUUCAAAUUUCCCUUGCAAUUAACAAGCUCAAAUCACAAAUUGGUAACCUACAAAAUCAGAUCACUGCACAGCAGACGAUCUAUAUGAAACAACAACAGCAACAACAUCAACAGCAGCAGCAGCAGCAACCGAACAAUCCGAAUGCGCUGUCGGCCAGUGGCCACCCAGGAAACGAUUUAUUCCGUACUCCGAAUGAACUACCCGGGCUUCCGGAUAACUUCUCCGAUUUAUCCUUGAAGGAUAUUAAUAACCCGUUCCCAUCGUCAGGUGGUACUAGUCAACAAUCUCGAUUAACCCAGUGGAAGCUACCAUCAACAUCAGCUACAGAUAAAGAUACAGAUCUUUCAGAUUUUCCUCGAGCUCCAGGGACUACCUCAAAACCAUCUGCUUCGGGACUUGGUGGAAUUGAUGAUGGAACUUGGUCUAAUGGCCGUUCUAAUAUGGGUGAUGGAUGGCCGGAUUCCAAUGCUCAAGAUAACAAAGACUGGGCUGCUAAUGCGGACACAUUUACCGAUUUGGUUCCAGAAUUUGAGCCAGGAAAACCGUGGAAGGGUACCCUACCCACUCGCAUCGAAGAUGAUCCCACUAUUACGCCAGGAAGCGUUGCACGCUCCCCAUUAUCCAUAGUCUCUGCCAAAGAAUCGAAUUUAUUUGCCAAUAGCAAUAGUACUAGUAACAAUAAUAAUAACGCUACCAACAGCAAAUCCUCGCCGACUGAAUCGAUUACGUCCUCAACCUGGAGCUAUAACCCAAACAGCACACAUGGUGGCUUCGGGGACUCAAAGCUGUCGAAAAAUUCCUGGCCAGAAAGUAUUGUUCCUUCGGCCGAUUUAUGGGAUAAUCCUCUUAACAAGGGUGGCCGUGAAGCUCCACCUGGACUUAAGACAGCAGGGGGUGGCAAACUAGAUGCGAAUGGGUGGAAUCCUCCCAAUCUUUCAGGCGUUGGACCCGGCUGGAACGGAGGUGCAGCGUCAUGGCCUUCAACAUGGAUUUUGCUGAAGAAUUUAACUGCACAGAUUGACGGAUCCACGCUACGUACGCUAUGCAUGCAGCACGGUCCAUUGCUCGCAUUUCACGUGUAUCUCAAUCAUGGCAUUGCCCUUUGUAAAUACUCAUCACGUGAAGAAGCAAACAAGGCUCAAUUAGCGCUCAAUAAUUGCAUGCUGGGAAAUACUACAAUUUGUGCCGAAACCACUACCGAAAGCGAUGUUCAGAAUAUUCUUCAGCAUCUGGGCCCUCCAAAUGGCUCUAAUGGUAUGACAGGAGGGUCUGGGGGACAAAAUUGGAGGUUGAGUGCCGCUGCUCAAUCGCAAUCCGUGCGCAAUCCAGGUGCAGAUGCUUGGAAUUCUGCUUGGCCUAGCACUGGUGCAGGAUCUGGCCUGUUUGGCCCUACAUCGCCCAAAAACUCAUUUUUAAUCGACAGCUUGCUAAGUCUGCACUGAACUAAGCCAAACGAAAAGAUACAAAAACACAUAAACGUUCAUAGAGAAUAAGCGAUCAAAGUGAGCAAAAUUUAUAGGAUAAAGAGAUUUUGUUGGACGUCAAUGAACGAAGGUAGCUGAUGGCCUGGGGUUAUAAAUGAAGUGUCUUUUCACAGUCAGCGGUUUCGUCUGGCGUAGUAUUAAGGUGUUGUGAAUGUUUUUAUCAUUUUUUAAAUAAAACGAUAUACAAUUAAUAUAUAUUUGAAACAGACUAAAAAUAAAAAAAAACUCAAAGCGCGGAAACCAACACAAACAAACACACACAAAACAUUUCAAGUCAAAGAAAAGUCUAGUUAUAUGUUUCACAUGUUAAGUUUUACAAUAAAUUAUAAAAUUAUUUCAUGAGUGAGAGGAUUCGACCCCUCAAGAAAACAAAGCAUGCGAAUCCUAUUAAAUUUAGGUUGCUUUAGGCAUAUAAGUCAGAAAAUUUCGAUUUGUUUCCUAUCCUAUUGUUUUGUACUAGCAGCAUUCGUUUCUACCAUUUCGUCCUCUUCAAGACGGACCGUGCAUGAUGACACACGCAUACAUAUUUCAGUCAAAGAUGAAAAAGUCACAAACAAUUAUGCACAUUUUGCAGUAGGUGAAAGCAAUUUAUAAGAAAAUCAAAUGUGGUAUUAGAAUAUAUUUCGAUAUAAGGAAAUCUAUAUAAAUCAUCAAAAAACGAAUAUGUUACUGCUGUUAGAAAAGACCGUUUGCAUGAAAAUCGUUGGCCACUUUAGGCAGCAACAAUAAGUAAUAUAGAAAGGCAACCAACAACAAUACGGGGACUUUGUCAUUGUACUAUAAAACCCCAACUGAUUCGUUUGAACCUGAAAACGCUUUUCAACGAACGCCAUUUACAAGAAAGCUUUGAAAUUUAAGAGUAUUGUAAUGAUUACAUUACACGCUAGCCCUGAAUAAUUUACUUGCAAAAAUGUUGUGGUGUAAGAACGAAACAAUAUAUUUAAAGUAAGUAAGGUAAACUCUAAAUACAAGGACUAAUCACAACGUCUCAGCACGAGGCAAACAAUUAUUUUUAUUUAUCAUUUCCACCGAACGGUAGAAACCUAUUGUUUUUUUUUGUUUUUCUUCAAUCUUUAACGUCUUGGAUGCUUUGAAUGCGCAACGUUGUUUUGAAAACAGCAAAACGGAAACUUUUCAACGUUACAACAACUACAACAUCGUACAUAUGAAUACGUUCUACACCGUGCGCAUUUAAACAGCUUGCUUAGAACCACUAGUUAACCAGUUUUCGCUACUAUUUGAUGUUAUAGUAUUGCAAAGAUCAAUAAAUGUUUCGAGCUCGUACAGUAGCCAAAUGAAAGACACAUCCAUUGGCUGACCGAUAUUAACAUUGCUAGUAAAAUUGCCAUGCUGCUUUUGAUUACAAUGAUAUUUGUCUAUCCAAUUUUUUGAAGUUUGUUUGAACAGAAAGUGAAGGUCUGAAGUGUAGCUCAAAAGCUUUUAUGACUGAGGCAAUCAAAAAUCGACAUCGACAUACGUGGAGGUCAUCCCCUACGUUUUAUCUACACUACGGAAUAAAAAUAAACAUUCGAAUGGUGUAUGUCACAACUUUUUGAAUUUUUGUUAAAAGGAAUUCAAAAUUUGUUCUCGAAAAAAGCAUUAACUCAAUAGCAAGAUGUGAUAAUGUACUUAGUUAGACAAAUUGCAAACUUAAUGUAAAGAUUUCAUAGCACAGGUUUGAUGAGUGGUUGUGGGAUUGAAUUUCAAUACAAGUGGAUCUUUUAUAAGUUUCGUUAAUGCGUCAAUCAAGAAUUUCUGCCACAAAAUCGGUUCCAAUACAAGAUUUGUUAGAAAUAGACAAAUACAAGCACACGAUUAUACAAUGUUUCGAUUCUGCGCCAUUUGCAAAACAUGAUUGGAACAAAACCUGAUCUGAGGGGAAGAAUGCAACGUGUGUGGAAACGUGUAAAUCACUUUUCUUGAAUCUGGGAAUCGCUAGAGUGUCAACGCACAACCAUUUUUAUUUUUUUUUUUUUGUUGGAUUAAACUUUUAUAUGUAAAUGUGAAACAUUUACUAAAUUUUGUGUUUUUCUAUAGACCGAAUCCUAAACAAGUGAUUGAGGCUUUAAAUUUAUAAGUAGCUCGCUUACUUCAAAUAUUUCACAAUCACUGUCCUGUUCAAUCGACUUCGUUUUUAACGGUCAGCUGAUGGAAUUUGGCAAUGUUGUCCCAAAGGCAUAUUCUUAACGAUUCUAACGUUCGAACAAACAAUGAUUACCCUUAAUUUUUAGCUUGCAUUAACAGCAAUCUUAGCGUUAGAUCAAAGAACUGCAAACCUGCUGAAGAAUCCAUGUAGUCCAGUUUGAAGAGUCCCUAUGUACGAUUUAGUUUACUUAUUUGUGAUAAUAUUAAAAAUCUAGGUUUCAAACCAUUCUCCAAAGUUGAUUUUCAAAUCUACCUUAAGCAAACAAUGCCACAUAACGCUUCGUGUAAACAGUGAAAGAAAUAUCAGCACACAUCUUCUGUGAGAACUCCUACUAUAAACAGCAAUCGAGAUUGCUUGUGUUACAUUUAAAUAUAAUUACGUUCUUUCCAGUGUGCCGCUUACGUUAAUUAAAGAGUUUUUAGCAUAAGUUAUAUCUUAACCUUGCCCUAUCUUCCAAACACACAUACAUAUGUUAAUUAUGUUGAUUGCUCACAAUUUAUUGUUAUUAUUCCCAUUUCUAUUUAUUAGAAUAGAGAUACUCCAGUUUACGAGAAAUGUAACUUUAAGAAAUAAUACCCUAAAUAGGUACACAAACGAAUGCAAGAGAAAACAACGUCAAAUCGGUAUCGAUGAUAUUUUUUGGCCAAAUCAAAAUAUUGACACAGUGUGUUAAAGUAUUAAUAUCCGACACUAAACACUGGGACAGAGUUUAUUUGCCGUAAAAUUUACUGAUCAACAUAAUGUGAUUGUCUGCCGUGCUUAAUCAGGACGACUUUCUGGUUUCCGUGACAGCAUUUAAUUUUUAUUCGUUCAAAUGGCGACGUGGAGCUUCAGUUCGGAAUAACGAGUAGUUUAGUGAAAAUUGUUGAAACGCGACCGGGAUACACCAAUAAAGUUCUGGUUCCCGAACAAAAAACUUAUGUAAGCUGAAGAUUAUUUUCCACUCGUCACUGAAGUGCUUACAAUAUUUCUGAAUUUAUACCACCGAGAAACCGAAAAAGUUAUACUAAUUGGGCCUAAAAGGAAAAUGAAAGAUAGAUAAAGCUCUAAAUCAUGUUCCAUGUUUAUUAGACGUUUUAACGUGUAUUUUGCAAAAACGUUCCAAAUUUCAUUUUUAGAAUCGCUACUCUUAACUAUGAUGCCUAAUCAACAAGACAUGCUACCAGUGGUAGCCUAAUUCUCGACCUCGCCAAAGGAUAAGAUUGCAAUCGGGAAGAUAUUUCGUUCAAAGAGUACGGAUAGAAAAAAAAAAAAAAGAUUACUUGGGAAUAGACGGGAGUGAAAACUAUCAGCAUGCACUUUUGUAAAACAGAAUUAUAGAAUCUAGAUUGAUGGAGGCGCAAGUCAUCUAACUAACAUUGACGAACGGUACUGAUGAAUUACACCAUGUUGCAGCAUCAUCCGAUAAUUUGGGUUGAGCCGGAAUCUACAAUAUUACAAUGGUGGCAAAUUUUUUUUUUGUUCACACAACAUUUAUUUGACACGGCACAAUACAAAUUAAUGUUUUACGGAGCCAAUGGUGGCAAAUUGAACAAGCCCAUUCUAUUUAUUUUCAUACUUAUCUUCUCGUUACGAUUUCUUGAAAAAAACAUAUGAUACUUUUUGACGUUUCUUUGGUAUCAAAGACUUGAAAAAUCGUCAAUUUUGUUCUUUUUCAGUUUAGUUCAACUGUUUAUUUUUGUUCACUGUCGUUUUCUUUAUAUCCAAGAAGCGAUUGCAUUUUCCGAUAAUACUUUUCUGCAGAUUUCAUCUAUAUUCAGUGCCGGCAAUCAAAGUUUCAUGUUUGGUGAUAUCAAGAUCAGAAUUGUUUCGCACUAACUUUCAAAACAAGAGCAUAAAUUUCAAUUUUGCUUUAGACACAAAUAACUAAUAACGAAUUGGAUGUUUCCCGAUAGUUUGAACAACAUUACGCAUGGCGUUGAAUGCACACACUGCAUAAUUUAUAUAGCUGGUGCUACUGAUUUUAUAUACUCUUAAGCAAUAGGAGAAUUUUUUGCAGAUAUAAUUGAUUAUUCUGAGGCUUUAAACAUAUCCACACGAUACCGUACUGAGCAAAUAGCAAGGGCAAUACAGAUGAGUUUAAAAUUAUGGAAUAUAUCGUUACGCAUACAUGCCAGCUUACAUUUACACAUUGAAAGUGGCUUGAAUGAACACGCAAAACAAACAAUCUCAAUGAGACUGAAAUGCCAAAUUGAUCACACUUCCUAAACAAUGAACAGUUGAGAAGUGGUCACUUGUUAUUUAUUUGAAAAAAAAUAAUCAAAUAUUGAACAAUCCGGAUACUAGGAAACUAGAAAACUUUCGUAAAACGCACGUCAACUAAACUUAUAAACGUUGUUUCGAACGAUUAGUGUUUAGGGGGUGUUAAACAAAGGUCGUAUCAACAGAGCAUUGGAAAGGUUGGACAAAUAAGCUCAAAUUAUGGCUUAUCUGCUGUGGGCUAUGGUAGUCUAAAGUACUACAAUUUUAUGUGCAAUAAUUAAUACAUUACCGAGCGCAGUAAGAAAAUAUCGGAUGAAUUACUGUGAUGCAUGCUCAUUUACAUCGAAUCGGUAGAAGUGGAACUCGCUACCUUCGCCAAAAUCUAAAUUAAGCCGAAAUCGUGUGAUAUUUGUGAGAUAUUCCAUCGUUAUAUGUAAUACAAAUCAAAAUUUGCCAUAUUUAUUAUCAUAGUCAAAGAUUGCGCGAACAUUGUGAGUCUAUACUACCUGUGAGACAUAGAUUGCGAUACGAUCAAAUUCAGAACGCGGCACACCCUCUUAGAAAGUUAUUUUUCGUUCUCAAUUAACAGUUCAAAACAUCGAUGCUCAAGGGCUCCCCGAACAUGUGAAACAAAAACCUUUUUGCUAGUUACCAUGAUUAAUUCUUAAUUAGUUAAUUCGAUGCGAAACUUAACAUCACUCGAAAUAAAGACUCUACUGAAACUAAAUUAAAGGAAAAAAAUACACAAACAUAAACAGAGACCUUGAUGAUUCUUAUUACCACAUGACUUAUUGAUAUCAACAUUCAUAAACAAUAGUAGUAGCUGCUAGUAGAUGAAUAAUUACUAGGGACGUAAAUCUCAUCAUUGCCCAGGCACAAUGAUCCUCGUUUUUUUUUUUAAUAAUUUAAAACCUUCACUACGUUACAUCUGCUGUCAAAACCUAUGAAAACCAAUGGUUGUUGCUAUUAAAGCUAAAUUAGGUUAGAAAACUAACAAUUACUAAACAGAAUUUCCACGCUUUUUCAUUCCUUACAAAAGUGAAAAGUAAAAUGAGAGUAAAUUACAAACGCCAGUGGCCGUUCUAAACACACUAGGAAACGACAUAAUUGCUUUAUUUUCCUUUUUAUAUUUAUUUGAGAAGCAACAAACACCGAAGUCAAUUGUUGACUAAAAAUAUCCGUUAAGUGAUGCACACAACCAACUGUAAUUUCCAAGUCUGUGAAAUAAAUAUGGUGCAAAGAAUGUAAUCCUGAAUAUUGCCAUUGUGAAACGCAAAAAAAACACGAUUAUUAUUUGUACUGCGAAGCUAUAUCAUUUCUCUAGCAUAUUUCCAUAACUUGUAAGGCACAUUGAAAUAAAAACCAAUAGCACAGUACACAAAAAUGUGUAGCACGCUGUAUUGCAACUAGAAGGACACCGAAGAUUGAUUGCAAACUAUUAUCACUCUAGAAACAAAAUCAUAUUUUUCACCAUAAAACUGGAACCUAAACCAGACAAGGAAUGUUAAAUUUACUUGCAUUGAAUGAAUUUUUACUAACAAUAAUUAAAUCUAAAAUGGUGAAGUGUUCAUUUAAAUAAUUGUGCAGAAAAAAAAAAACAAAACAAUUGUAGUCUUAUUUUCUUGUUUUAAGAAAGCUAAAACAGCGCGAAACAGUUCGCCUAUUUGGUUCACAAAAUGAAACAAAAACAAAAUAUAAUAAUAAUACAAGACUGAUUCAACUAUAAUGGUUAAUGAAAAUGAACAUUGUAAUAAUUACAAUCACAUAUGAACAACAAGAUAUACAUACGUAUCAUGAUUUAUUCUACCUAUUAUAUUGAUGUGCGAGGGAAUAAAUGAAACACAAAACAAAACAACAAGUAAGAUCCUUUAAAAUUUCUUAUGGUCUUGCACACUUGAUUCCAGAGCUCUAAUCGCAUAGCAUGUACAAUGUUAUGUCGCACAUACGGGUUGUGCAAACCAGUGGCAUUAAUUUCCUGCAUAAAAUAUUCAAGUCACUUGUACGAUAAUGUUAUAUUAGAACAAACUGAGCUCGUUCACUCGAGUAGAAGUCAAGCAAAGAUCACACAUCCCAAGAGCGAGCCAUAGGUAGAAGUCGAACUUGUACCGUAGCAAAAAAAAAACGUUUUAGGUCAAACCACAAUCAGAACAGAGUAUCAUUAAAAUAGAUCAAUCAUUUGGUAAAAAACUAAAAUGGUACCGUACUCCUGUAAGAUCUGCCUACGUCAUUACAAAACUAAAACAAGCUGAUAAUUUGUUUUUGAACGUCAUGUUAUUUUAAACGGUUCGAUUGUUUCUGUUGAAAAGAAAAUUUGGUAUUUAUGUUGCACUGUACUCGACGAAAUUGCAGUAAAGUUCCAGCAACAUGGAAUUUUACGCCAGCAUUCAUGGCACCUCUAUUCCGGAGACAUUUUGUUUUGAGAUAUUAUUCCGUUCUCGGUGUAAAGCAAAUCAUCGACGACGAAAAAAAGCACACAUUUUUCAAAUAUGAAGGAUUAUUCCGGAUUAACCGCUAUAGGCUGUAGUUAUCUUAUGUUUAUUUUAAAUGUAGAGAAUUACAGAAUGACCUCAAUGUAUCAUAUCACUUAACCGGCACCUAUACAUAUGGACUUCACUAUUCGAAGAAGUAUUUAGCAGAUACACUACGAGUAUUCAAGAUUUGUUUUUAACAAAAUAAACACACAUUAUUGACGCUUAGUAUUUCAUUUAUCAUGUAGAGCUAAAUUUAUUGGUCACCAAACUAUUUUUGUAAAAGCGGAUCGUCUAUGGCAGUGAUAUCAAUUCUACGAAUUAUUUCCAGUUAAGAGCGAGAUUUGUCCAAUUCUUCAUAUUAUUACCUUCAGUCGGAACAAAAAUUCAUCGUAUACCCAAGUGUAUACCAGAUUUUUGUAUCCUCAAUUUAUCAAACAUAAAAAGGAGCAGCCUGCAAAAAUCUAAAAUCCUUUGUUUUAUAACAUUUUAAGAAAUAAAAAAAACUUAACAAAUCUUUUUUAAUUUAAUCAAACCUUCAACGAGUUGUAACAUUCUAUCAAAUUUGACACAACAAUGCGUUGAUAUGACCUCAAUCGAGGAUAGUGAUUUAUUCUGGAGAAUUUAUUUUUUCACAACUCUGAUUCGCUACAAAAGUUACACGUUGAAUCCUCCCAGUAGCGUUUGAAUUAAACGAUCGCAGCAUAAAGAUGAAAUGGACUAGUCAAAUAAAAUUGGAAACCAAUUCUGACGAUUAUCGUGUGCCAGUUUAGUUUUCUGAACGUGAUUGUUAGUGAACCGUGAGAAUUUUGCUUAAAUGUUAUGAGGAAAAGAUCUUUGCACUUUGAUUAAAUGAGCAUAACGAAAGUUGGAAAUUUCUUUGCCAUGAUUGUUAGUUGCUGAGAUGAAAACAACACCAAUAAAUACGUAUGAUUCGUGAAAUAAACUUUCAUUUAAAAAAAAUUACCGGUUAUCCGAGAUAUUUCCUUCAUAUAUUCGCUAAUUGUGCAUCUAAUCGGAGUAUAAUGAUUAAACAGGGUAACGCACAAAUUUGACUACAUGUGCUGAGCACUGCUUGUCGCGUACCACUGAAGGAAUUACAAUUCCGAACAUUUUAUUGGCAGAUAAAAGAUUAAUCACUCUUGAACAGGUGCUGUGUAGAAAUUUAUACCUUAUUAAGCGUACUUAGACCACUAAUGCCACCACCUCUUAGGCUUACUCUUGAAAACAUCAGAUAAAAAAUAACCAUAAAAACCAAGAAUAAUCCAUAAUGGUGCGUCCUCUAAUGACAAAACAAAUGAAGUAAAAUUAAAACCGUUGUAUUGUGGGAGUAAUAGAUUGUGAUAAAUUUGUAUCUUGAGGUCUUACAAUAACACAACAACGUACAGUUAUCGCUGAGUUGCGUACUAGUGAGCCAUUCCCUUCUGAUAGUGAAUUAACAACGAUAGGUUAUUUUGUUGAUUGUUUUGUCAUUUCGAUUUGAAUUUCUGGUUUCGCGAAGCAAUACUUACCAAACAAUUCGUUUUCAUCACUAACCCAAACAUACCAAACGCUCUCAAUUACCUAAAAUAUAUAUAUACAUGAAGUGAACACUGCAAACAAAUGAUAAGAGAAGCCACUCAACAAAACAACAAUAAAACAAAACUACCAAACGAAUGAGCAAACACAAACCUAAUUUCUAAGUGGACAUUUUGAAGCAAAAAAUAUGUCUGUAGAAGAUCUUGGUGCAAGGAGGAACGCUCCAGUUCAGUUUUAGACAUAAACAACAGUGUGAAUAAAGGACAAAACAUACACAACAAUCAAAUUGUAUUUUACCAAAACCGACAACAAAUUCUAAUGAAAUAUAUUAGGAAAACCACAAAAGGCGUAAGAAAUGAUAAUUGAAAAUACAAUAAAAGAAAAUCGUGAGAAAUGUUUUGCCUUUAUAAAAUACUACUUUUUAUAAGAACAAUAGCAUCUAAAUCAAUGUAGCCAAAAAGUAUAAGUAAACAUACUAAUGUAAUCAUAAUGAUAUUGAAAAUAUCAAUAAAACGAUGAUUCUUUGAGCAGAUUGGUGUCCAUUAAUUGUCUACUCCUUAAAACACGCAGGAAGUGAGAAAAAUCUGAGUUUUUUAAAAAAUUUUAUAUUUAUGAAACCAAUAAAAAGACAUAAGGCAACAUACGAAACUCAAAGUGCUCUGGUAAAAAAGGAUGUGUGUUUUGAGAUAGAAAAACUUCACCACGUGCAAAUUUGUGUUCUAAACAGUGCUCAACCGCAAGUGGACUAAACUGAACCCAUUUAUCUCAACCUUCAUUAUCAAAUGGGCAAUCUAGUGGAAGUGUGUUACUGUAGUAAGACGAGCAAAUCAGUAAAAAAACCCACCCAGUAGUCUGGUCAUCGAACUAGGUUCAUUCGGAAAUAUGCGACACCGAUGGAGGUGAAAUUUAUGACUGUAUAAAUUGUAUUCAAAAUAAAAUAGUCACGUACUGGAAAGAAACGAACAAGUCAGCUUCAUUGAGUUUAGUAAAAUACUGAAGUCUGUUGAAUGUGGUCAUAAUGUACGGAAAAAACAUAGAAUAAUAGCAAAAAAGGAAACUGGCAACGGAAUGUACUUUGUGAUUAUUAUAAUAUUUUGACACAAAAUGAAUCAACAUUGAAAAAAAUACAAAGCAAACAUAAUUUGUAGAUAUAGUUUCCAUUAAAAAGAAUAUUUUAGACCAAUAUUAGUUCUAAACAAUAAGCAAAAAAAAAUGGAAAAAACGAAAAGUAAAAAAAAAUAAAAAAAGAGAAAACACAAAAAAAGAAACCACAAUUCAUGAUAAUAUUCUAGCCUUAUUUAAAAAAUAAUGAAGGAGAAAUGAAACUAUAUAUUACGAAGUGAGGAAAAGCAAGAAAAACAGAAACCUAUGAAAGUGAUUAAUAUUGAACAUUAAUUUACGAACAUAUAUAAAUGAUAAGAGUCAUUGAUUAUAUAAUAUUUCAAAUGUAAAAAAUAAAUUAUGUAUAUGCAAAA